AUGAGCCCGCACGCCGCCGAAACGACAAACUCGCCCAAGACCAGAUGGGCUGCCCGGGAGCUCCUUCUGUCGUAUGCUUCGCUGGGCGUUGUCUAUGGAGAUCUCGGCACUUCGCCACUCUAUACCCUUCAGGGCCUGUGGAGCCAGCCGCCAACUCAAGAUGACAUUCAGGGCAUCCUGUCGCUGAUCAUCUGGACACUGACCAUCAUCAUCGUCAUCAAGUACUGCGGCAUCGUACUGCUUGCCGAUGACAAUGGCGAGGGAGGGACCUUUGCCAUCUAUUCUCUUGUAUGCAGAUUCUCCGGCCUCUCUGUCCACUCCAAGACAGAUUCGAUCUUCGAGAAGGAGGUCCAGCUGACGGACCCUGAUGCCGAUGUGAAGCCCAAGAGCCAACCGAUCCUCAAAAAGUUCCCACAUCUGCAUACGGCGUUGCUGGUUGCGGUGCUGCUGCCGUCGUGCAUGAUGGGAUCCGAUGGCAUCUUGACACCCGCAAUCUCGGUGCUCUCGGCAUACGAAGGCCUGACACCCCUGUUCCCAGGAAGCGAAGGCCUCAUCGUGCCUCUGAGCUGCAUCACGCUGAUAGCGCUGUUCUUGGUCCAGUCCUACGGAACCCAUCGUCUGGCCAACUUUUUCUCUCCCAUCAUCCUGCUCUUUAUAUUGUCGAUUGGGGCGAUCGGCGCUUGGAGCAUCGUCUCAUGCGGGAAUGCCUCGCUUGUCUUUGCGGCUUGGAAUCCCAUGUAUGCGAUAUCAUAUUUUGGCCGGAAUGGAUACAACGCCUGGGCAUCCCUCGGAGGCGUGCUGCUCUGUGUCACCGGAGGGGAGGCGCUCUACGCCGAUCUGGGCCACUUUAGCCGCCCGUCCCUGCGAUUCUCGGCACUGGUCAUUAUCUUUCCAUGUCUGCUGCUGUCCUACUCCGGACUGGCCGCCGAGCUCCUCCGCGACCCAACCAUCUACAGCAACGUCUUCUGGGAAGCCGUUCCCAAGUCGAUCUACAUCCCUAUGCUGGUGCUCUCUAUCCUGGCAACGAUCGUGGCCUCUCAAUCUCUGAUCUCGGCGACGUUCUCGAUCAUCUACCAAGCCACUGCGAUGAACUCGUUUCCGCCGAUCAAAGUCAUCCAUACCUCUGCUUCGGUGCAUGGGCAGGUCUAUGUCCCCACAGCCAACAACAUCAUGAUGGUCCUGACCCUUCUCGUCGUUGUGGGCUUUGGUCAUUCUGCCCGGCUCGCUGCAGCCUUUGGUAUUGCUGUCAGCUUCGUGAUGUUGAUGACCACCUUUCUGAUAGCGGUAGUGAUGUUCAUCUGCUGGGAACUCCACUGGUCCAUCAUCAUCUUGUUCGUCAUCCUCCAGGGUCUAUUUGAUGCCGCCUUCUUCUCUUCCUCGCUGCUCAAAUUUGACCAAGGCGGCUGGAUGCCCGUAUCCCUGGCCCUGGUCGUUGCAGCCCUCAUGGCUGUCUGGCAGUGGGGAGAACGCCUCCGAGACAGCUGCUUCUCCAGAUCAGAGCCCAUCACAUCGUUUUCGCGGGGUGAAAUUAUGCUGCAAGCCCUCAAGCUGGCCAAGUCCAUGGUCGACCCAUUGCGCACCGAGGCGUCGGCGGACGGCUCCGAAAUCGUCCCAGAGACUCUGGCUGCGCCACCGAGCAAGCAACUCCACAAACGCAAGCACACGGCCGCACAUGCUGUUUCAUCUCUCGAUGAAACGUUGCGCAUCGACGGACUGCCGGAAGACUCCAACUUCUCGGUCACAAUCACAAACAUGGUCGGCGACGUGGCCGAAAAUAUGCUAGUUUCAGUGCCAUGUGGCUCUCAGGCCUUGGAAACCUGUAAUGUUGUCGUCCACCAGAUACCACUGCACGACCGUCGCAUCCGCAUCGUCCGUCUGCCUGGCAUGGCCAUGUGCUAUAGCACCACCAGCUACCUGGACAAGAUCAUGCUGCGACACUACGUCGAGCAUCUGCCCUCGCUCUUUGAGGUGAUGGUCUUCAUCUCAAUCAACCAAACCGAGGCGCCUUACGUUCACGAAAAAGAUCGAAUCCGCUUGCGGCCUUUGCCAUAUCUUGGCUUCUACUCUGCAAUCGUAACGUAUGGCUACCUCGACAUUGUCGAUUCGGGCGAUGAACUUGCCGAUUUGAUCAUGAACCUGAUUGUGUCGAUCGGACGAGAGACUCUCGAGAAGGGCUCGAGAACGGAGCCUCUGGAUCACGAUUCCUUCGAUGGAUUUGCCGGUGCAGAUGUUCGCACGCCGCACCCACUGAUCAAUCGAGUGCUGCCGGACUCUGAGCAGAGUCGCAACAGCGACACAAACGACGCUGUCAUCCAGGAAUACUAUCGCCGGAUGAACUUGUGCCGACGCAACACCGUGUACGUCAUCGGACGCACUGAAAUUGUCAGCAAUGACACCGCCUGGGGUUCCUUCAACUUUUUGCGCAAGACGCUGCUGAAUGGAAUGUUCAAGUUCAUGAGCAUCAACCACGAGCGGUCAAACAUGGUGUUUUAUCGGGUGCCUAUGGAUCAAUCGAUGGUCAUGGAGAUGAAUCGGUAUGUCUAA